GGAAACGUGAAAAAACCAGAUCUAGCAAGAGACCUCCAUUUCCGAAGAGCUCUGUAGAAGCAGAGAGAAUCAUAAACCCUAGCAAUCAUCUGAAGAGACGAAAGGGAGCGAGAAGAGCAGGGACAAAGCUUCCAAAGAUGAACAUUUUCAGAUUAGCAGGUGAUAUGACACACCUGGCCAGUGUUCUGGUCUUGCUCCUUAAGAUCCACACCAUCAAAUCCUGCGCCGGCGUCUCGUUGAAGACACAGGAGCUCUAUGCCCUUGUCUUUGCUACACGAUAUUUGGAUAUCUUUACAAGUUACGUGUCCCUCUAUAACACCCUUAUGAAGAUGAUAUUCUUAGGAAGCUCCUUCUCGAUAGUUUGGUACAUAAGGUACCAUAAGGCUGUUCAAAGAACUUAUGACAGGGAACAAGACACGUUUCGACAUUGGUUCCUUGUCCUUCCAUGCCUACUCCUGGCUCUCCUGAUACACGAGAAGUUUACCUUUAUGGAGGUACUGUGGACGUUUUCAAUAUACUUGGAGGCUGUUGCUAUACUUCCUCAGCUCGUACUGCUGCAGAGGACGAGAAAUAUCGACAACUUGACCGGACAGUACAUAUUUCUCCUGGGGGCAUACCGCGCUUUGUAUAUCCUCAACUGGAUCUACCGUUACUUCACUGAACCACACUUUGUUCACUGGAUAACAUGGAUCUCCGGGUUUGUUCAAACUUUGCUCUACGCCGACUUCUUCUACUAUUAUUUCCUCAGCUGGAAGAACAACAAAAAGCUGCAGUUACCGGCUUAGCUUUUUUUACGUCGGAAAUUCGCAAGGUAUUUCGAUCUGAUAACACAUAGCAAAAUGCAGAGAAAAUUUCGGAAUCCUCCAUCAGCCAUUGUAGAAAAAGAAUAGAUGUACAAACUUCAGCUACUUUUGAAUUUAUUUCCUUGAAAAGUUUCCAUUUUUUGAGGUUGCAAGAUCUGGAGACAAUAAGAGAUGAGGGAGCCCUUGAGUUUGGUCUAUAAAUGUCACAGAGCGUUUGGAAGGGAUUUUAGUAAUUUACUUAUCAGGUAGGUACAUUUUUCAAUUGCAUCUAUAAAAUCAAUAAUAAACAAUGUUGGGAUAUUUAAUAUGAUAAUAACAUAUUCAUAUUGAAUAUGGAGUAUAUGAGGCAUGGAUUAACAAUUUGGACAGAAGGAUAAAUGUUUGUAUUAAUGUAUAAUUAGGGGACAGAACAGAAUCCAAGUUGCAGCAGAGGUUGUUCUUGUUUAGAUUUCUUCAUGAUGCACGGUUGUGGUGUGACGAUUACUUGUAAAACAUUUGGUGGUUUUCUCUAACGAUAGAUGAUGCACCGCAUAAAGUGGCUUUGUCUUUGCCAUAA